CCCCCAAGAACCCCAACGGAUGUUAGUAACUAGCUGCUAAAUUUGAAAUUUGAAAUUUCAAAACGAUACUCUCUCUCUCUCUCUGCCCUUCUACAUUCGCUACUAGUUUCUGCCACUCCAACCGCAGAAUAUCAAUGGCAGAUUUUCAUACCCUGGAUCCAGAAACUGAAUUUCUUGCCUCAAAUCAGCAGACGGGAAACGAGUGGGAACUUUUCAAAGAGAAUGUCAGGCCUUUGAAGAGAGGCCGAAACAUUCGCCUGUUAAAUGAGGCUCUCAAAUCCCAGACGGAUAAUCAACUUAGGAAAUCCCUCGUUGAGAAUCGAAGGAAGUUGAUUGAGGCGAUUGAUAAAUACGAAGGAGAGGAUCCUCUCCAACCGUGGCUUGAGUGCAUCAAAUGGGUCCAGGAAUCCUUCCCCUCUGGUGGGGAUUGCUCGGGGCUGGUUGUGAUUUAUGAACAAUGUGUGCGUACGUUUUGGCACACCGAUCGCUACAAGGACGAUCUCCGCUACCUCAGAGUUUGGUUAGAAUAUGCAGAAAAUUGUGCUGAUGCUGAGAUUAUAUACAAUUUUCUUCAUGCAAACAAAAUUGGUCAGACACAUGCUGUGUAUUACAUUUCAUAUGCUACGCACAUGGAAUCCAAGAACAAGUUGAAAAGUGCAAACGACAUUUUCAGUCUAGGAAUAGCUAGGAAGGUACAACCUAUGGAAAAACUAGAAGGUGCUUACAAGAAGUUUCUUUCAUGCUCAAUGAGAAAACCACGAACUGCUGACGAGGACCCAACAGAAAAUUACUUGCCAGUUAGGAGCUUUGGCACAGUCUUGGCUAGGGGUGAAGCUAGAAAACAUACAGCAGAAAGUUCUGAUCUUGCUAGAAAGAAGUUGAAACUAGAUAGGGCUCAUAGUGCUCCACUUUCCAUCUAUAAAGAUAAAAAUGAUGGUCCAGCACAGAGUAAUCAGCCAGAAUUACCAAAGACUGACAUUAGAUCUUGGUAUACUCUUGGAACUCGGGCAGAGAGGAACAAAGAAAAUACUGCAAUCCCUAGAAAAUGGUCAUCAAAUAAGAUUCCACAGAGGCCGGUGUAUAGAACUGGAGCAGCAAAUGCCAGUGCUUGUAUUGAGGUAUUUGUCGAUGAGGAAUGUGCAGAAGUGCAGAAGAAGGCUAAUGAAUGUGGAAAGUCUUCAAUGUUGCAUCUUAGGCAAGGGGAUAGUCAAAACCUUAUGAAGGAAACAGAACUGUUGAAAGAAAAUCCAUUACGCAAUUUUCCUCCAAACAGUCUUCCUCGCUGAGCAGAGCAGUCCUGCAUGUGUGUUGUUGUGUGUGGCUUCAUAAAUUGAUUAGCUUUGAUCUCCAAAGCUUAAUCAAUUAAAUUCUUUGUCUGUUGCUGAUGCAAGCAUAUCCAUUCCAGUGUAUUUGAUUCCCCCAAAACACCCAUAUUCUGUUUAUUUUAUAGUUUGUCUAAAUAAGUUGGUCAGUAGUAAAGUGACAUUGUCUUGUUCUUAUGGAAAAAGAUAUGGACUGUUAAAAGGUAGAGAGGAUCAAAAUAGUUGGCCCGACCAUCUGGGAUCUUGGGAGUGGCGCACUGGAUCUGUGCCUAAUUUUUGACAUUUCUUUGGCUAAUGUAAAAUAGGUAAAAUGGUUUUCAAGAGCACAAGCAGGUAAGUUUCUUUA